AUGAAAGACAUUUUAAUGAAAAAUAUCCUAGAAAAAAACCUUGCAGCAAAAAACUUAUUUCGAAAAAAUGGAACACUCAAACGACUUUACUGCCAAGCUGCUGAAAAAAGCAUUAAGGAAGACAAAACGGAUUCUAUAAUUAAUUACAAAAUGGUUUUAGGUUUAAAAAAAAUUGAUAUUUCUAAUUUAUCAUCCCUAUGUAGAGAUUUUCAUAACAUCUUUAGAAUUGACAAGUAUCAAUUAUUAAAAUACACAAAUGAUAUAUUACCUUUUGUAAAAUAUUUGAGGACAAGUGAAAUAGUUAUGAUUUUACAUCACUACGCUUUUAUAAAUUAUCAUAAUUUUCAUUUCUAUGAUAAUGUAUGGAAUCAAAUAAUAGAUAAAUUACACGACAUUGACUGUAAAGAGCUAGCUCUUAUUAUAUAUAGUAUGGGGAAAAUAAAAUAUGUGAACAAUGAUAUGAUUUCUUUUUUUGAAAAAGAAAUAAAAAAUUGGGUAACCAGAUUUACAGGAAGAGAUUGUUCAUUAAUAUUAAAAGGUAUGAAAUGCUUAAAUUAUAACAAUGAACAAAUAUAUUCCUUAAUUUAUGAUCGAAUUUUAGCUAUCUCUGAUAAUCUCAACAUUUUAGAUAUAUGCAUUAUAUUAAAUACACACAGUAAAAGUAAAAAUAUUAAUUUACACCUAUUUGAAACGCUUCUCCAAAAAUCUCUUACCUUUUAUUCUGUUUUAAAUGAACAAUGUAUUGGAUCCUUACUAUGGAGUGUCAGCAAUGCUAAUAUAAAAUCAGAGAAGUAUUUUUCCUUGCUUGCUUUGAGACUACGUUUGCUUAUGCAUGCCAAAUAUGUGAAGGAAGGGAAACUGGUUCAAAGUGAUUCAUUUGGUGAACAUUGUUCCAAUGAAACAAAUAUCAUCAGCCCUGAUAGAAAUGUAAGGAGUGACAAUAAACUACCCGACGAAUCAAAAAAGGGAUUCCUAAAAAAUGAGAAUCAUAUAAAUGAUAGAAUCUCAUCGGACGAUAUGAACUAUGAGGAUGAAAAAAUCAAUAGUAGUGGUAAUCUAGUCAACCUUGAAGAUGAUCUUAUUGAAAAUAAUAUCGAACCUGAGGGCAGAAGUAUGGCAAAUGAUAUCUCUAACCAUUUGGACAACUUGAAUUUUCGAUUGACUUCUCCUACUGCUUGUAAAUAUGAAAAUGUAAUACCUUCUAUUAUUUACUCAUAUGGAAAACAGAAAACAUACAUGAAGCACAAUAUAUACGUGGAUAAAAAUUUAUAUAAUCAUAUUGUGAAUAGUUAUAAUGUGGAAUGUGGUAUUAAUAAUAGUCCUCAAGAGACGGUGUACCUAUUUGAUAUAUCCAGAAAAUUUUUAAAAGAUAAAAAUAUUUUUGAUAAUAUUAAGGACAAUCAUAAAAAAAAUAAAUUAAGGAAAUAUCAAAAUAAAAAAUUUUAUCAAGAUAUAAUUUACAUAAUUAAUAAUUAUCUACCUUUUUUUUUAAGUAAUAUACAUUACAAUGAUUUAAAAAAUGUAUUAUUUGGGAUAGCCAAGAUAGAAAUGUCUCUUAAUAAAAAAGUACUUAAUGAUAUUUUUGAACUCAUUGUUAUAUAUGUAAAACGGAAUUUAUAUAAAAGUUAUGAAAUUAUUAAUUUAUCAAGAUCGUUAUCACUAUUGCCUCAUGUGAAGCCAGACUUAUGGAUAUGCAUAUUAGAUUGUUACAAAAAUAAUUUCAUUUCAAAUACCAGCGUAAAAAAUAAUUGUUACUUAUUUUAUAUAUUCUCUUUUGUCAAAAAAGGCCUCGGGAAUUCAAAUUUUCAUCUACAUUUAAUUCAACAUAUAAAUGAAAAAGUCACUCAUUUUUGCAAAGAUGAUAUCAUACAUUUAAUAAAAGGUUUAAUUAAUCUCCAUUAUUAUCAUAAUGAAUUAGUAAAAAAUAUAUCUAAUUUUGUGCAAAAGAAUUAUGAGCUUUUUAACUUAAUUGAUAUAGUAUAUAUAUUAAAAUAUUUCACAUCCAUGAGUUUAAGGGAUGAAAAUGUUUUUUCCUUGUUUGCGUUGACGAUUAAGAAACAUAAUACCAGGUGUAAUUAUGAAGUUAUUUCAACCAUUGCUUCUUUUUAUUUAGAGAUGGACAUAACGCCUAAAGCAAUUAAAGAUAUUCUAAUGGAGGAGAGGAAAAGUAGAGAAAAAAUUUUCACAACGGAAGAAAUUCACUGUGAUGACGAAUAA